UUUUUAUUUUAAUGGCAGAUUAGGAGUAACCAUAAGCACCAGCACCAGAAUAAGAAUAAGCAGCCCCAGUAGAAAAGAAAGGAUUCGGAAGAGGAGGAAGAGGAUAAAGAGAAAGAAGAGAAGGAGGAGCUCCAAGAUAAAAUAGAGGUCCUAGAAGAUUUGGUGGUGAAUAAGAGUGGACACCAUUGACAAAAUUAGGAAGAUUAGUGAAAGCUGGUAAAAUUAAGAGUCUCGAAACUAUUUUCUAAUUUUCUAUUCCAAUUAAGGGUAUGAAAUAUCAAUAACAUAAUUUAGAAUAUCAAAUAGUAGAUCACUUCCUUAAGAAUUUGAAAGAGGAACCACUUGCAUUAGGUCCAGUUUAAAAGCAAACUUGUGCAGGAUAGAGAACAAGAUUUAAGGCCUAUGUAGUAGUUGGAGAUGGUCAUUAACAUAUUGGUUUGGGAUGGAAAUCAGCCAAAGAAGUACAAGGAGCAAUUAAAGGAGCAGUAAUUAAUGCUAAGCUCAAUUUAAUUCCAGUUAGAAAAGGAUAUUGGGGAAAUAAGAUUGCUUAACCCCAUACUGUUCCAUGCAAAGUUACAGGAAAGGAAGGAUCAGUCAGAGUUAGAUUAGUUCCAGCACCUAGAGGUACUGGUAUUGUGGCAGCCAUUACAUCUAAGAAAGUCUUAUAGAUGGCUGGUAUCUAAGAUUGUUACACUCAAUCUAAAGGAAGCACAAGAACAAGAUCAAACUUUUUGAAAGCAACAUUCCAUGCACUUAAAGAAACAUACAAUUUCUUAACUCCAGAUCUUUGGGGACACACCAAAUUAGAAUCAACACCAUUUUAAGAACACAGUGAAUACUUGGCUGCAUUAAAAUGAG